UCUACCCACAAGGUUGUACACCAGUUUUCCUUGAACUCUUUCUCCUCAGUCGAUAAGAAUGUAGAAACACCUUAUGUACCAACAUGGCCAUAUACUGGGUCACUUCGUGCCGUAUAUCCUUUAUCCCCUAAACGGCAUGUCCCUCCACACAUAAAGAGACCUGAUUAUGCUGAUGAUCCUGAAGGGCAACCUAUAUCGGAAAUCAAAGAUAAGCAUGUAAACGUAAUUUUGAGCGCGAAAGAUAUCAAAAAGAUGCGUACUGUUUGCAAGCUUGCACGAGAAGUAUUAGACAUUGGCGCCGCGGCGGUGAAACCGGGAGUCACGACUGAUGAAAUUGAUAGAAUUGUUCAUGAAGCCAUCAUAGAAAGAAAUUCAUAUCCAUCUCCUUUAAAUUAUUAUAAAUUUCCUAAGUCUGUAUGCACAUCAGUGAAUGAAGUAAUAUGCCAUGGUAUACCUGAUCUUCGGGAACUUCAAGAUGGUGAUAUUGUAAAUAUUGAUGUGUCAUUAUACCAUGAUGAAUUCCAUGGGGAUCUUAAUGAAACUUAUCCGGUUGGAACAAUUGAUAAUGAUAGUCAACGCCUGAUCGACACUUCUAGGCAGUGUUUAAUUAAAGCUAUCGAGUGUGUUAAGCCUGGUUUCUUAUAUCGUGAACUGGGUAAUGUAAUAGAAAAGACCGCAAAGAGUAAUAACUGUUCGGUUGUGCGUACUUACUGCGGCCAUGGGAUUCACAGGUUAUUCCAUUGUGCUCCCACGGUUCCACAUUAUUCAAAAAACAAGGCAAUAGGGUUAAUGAAACCGGGACACGUCUUUACAAUAGAACCAAUGAUAAAUCUAGGCACAUCCAAUGAUAGAACCUGGCCAGAUAAUUGGACUGCAGUCACCGCAGACGGAAAAAGAAGUGCACAAUUCGAGCAUACUUUAUUAGUAAAGGAAGAUGGUGUUGAAGUUUUGACUGCAGGAGUUGGAGAAAAACGAUUUUAUCCAUAA